AUGCAAGGGCGCGGCUCUGACGGGCGGAUGUACAACCUUGAACCCAUUGAGGAGCCCCAAGGACACGCGAGGCCGUCGCGAGACUACGGCCCUCGCAGCGGAGAUUUUGAUCCUGUCGCGCCUCAUGUGCGGGAAGGAUAUAUGCAGCCCCCGCGGCGAGUGAACUCACUUGAAGGCAACCGUACCAGUAGGCCAACGCUAGCACCCUCCAGGCGUACAUCCGAGCAAGAUAUUGUCCUCCCGUCCGUCGAGCGUGAGGCGGACGGUGUGUCGUCUCCACGUCGCGCUCCAGACGCCCCGCCUCAAUUCCGGCAUGAUCGCAACUCCGGUUCUAUCAGCUAUGCUGAGGUUCAAUCGCCCAAGAGAAAAGAUUUUCCUGUGUCAAUGUACCAUGCAGAGGAGGGUAAUCAUCCGCAAGCCGCCAAACGGCUGAAGCCCAUCUAUGAUGCGAGCGAUGCAUACAUGCGGUUGGCGCCUUCCCAACCAGAUAUUCCCCGACAGAUUCGCGACCGCGAGCCCAUGGAUUCGUACGGUCGACACAGAGUGCAACCUUAUGUUGAGACAAUUAAUCUAACUUCUAGCCCAACUCGACCGCUUUACGGCGGAGGCAGAGAGGUCUUUGCACCUGCCCCUCCACGCAUGAUGGCUGGACCAAGCAACCCAUCAUACGUUCUUGCACCUCCUCGCGGUGACGCGAGAACUGUGUAUUACCACGUUCCCGUAAGAGAGUCGUCUCGAGCUUACAUACCUGAGCUUGACAGGGGGUAUGAGAGACGAGCUCUCCCGCCCCGUGAUUACGCUGUCCCCGUGAGGGAGGAGCGACGCCCUGUUGAACUCGAAGAGGAUGGCCGGUACCUGAGGAGCGGUUUCAACUAUGGGGGAUAUGAACUGCAUUGA